CAAGAGAGAAAGAAGUCUUCAACAUCACGACAGUGGAGGUAGUAAAAGACAGCUAGCAAUGAUGAAGGAGCCUCACCUACCAGUGCCCAUCACAUUCUCUUUCUCUCUUCUUCUUCUCCCUUCUUCAUAACCUCCUCUUUCCAUUUAAGCCUUCUUCACUCUCCUCUCUCUCUUUCUCCUUUCAAAAACCCCAAACACCUCUCCACCCCCCUCACACACUUCUUCCUCCUUGCCUCCUCUGCUGUCCAGCUUUUCUACCUUUAAAGAUUGCACCUUUUUCUUCAGUUUCAUCUCAAACAUACAAACAUACCACUUUUACCCUUCAGGGAAUUUUCCACCUGCCGAGAAAAUGGUUGGACCUAACUUCAUGGAUGAGAUAGACUGCGGUAGCUUCUUUGACCACAUCGACGACCUUCUCGAUUUUCCUGUGGAGGAAGUUGAGGGAAUCACCCCAUCCUUGCCCGCCGCCGCCGCCGCCGGAAACUGCAACUCGUUGGCAAGCAUCUGGCCCGCCGGGGCGGAUUCGUUUCCCGGUUCUGACUCGGUGUUCUCCGGCAACAGCGCUUCGGACCUCUCCGCCGAGCUCUCAGUUCCGUAUGAAGACAUUGUGCAAUUGGAAUGGCUGUCGAACUUUGUGGAGGAUUCGUUUUGUGGGGGGAGCUUGACCAUGAAAAAAGUGGAAGAGCCAUCGUGCAUCACAAAGGAGGACUCAGUGCACAACCAAUUCCACACAUCAAGCCCAGUUUCUGUCCUUGAGAGCAGCAGUUCCUGCUCCGGGGGAAAGACGGUGCCGGCGCCGCCACGAAGCCCGGAGGUUUACAUCCCUGUGCCAUGUGGACGCGCACGCAGCAAGCGUCCACGUCCUGCCACCUUCAAUCCUCGGCCAGCCAUGAACCUCAUUUCCCCUGCCUCGUCCUUUGUCGGGGAGAACAUACAACCAAAUGUAAUUUCGCCGAAGACCUCUUCAGACUCUGAGAAUUUUGCCGAGUCUCAACUUGUAGCAAAGAUGCCAAAGCAAGUGUGUGGGGAGCCUAAGAAAAAGAAGAAAGUGAAGGUGACAGUUCCUGCAGGUGGCGGUGAUAGCAAUCAGAAUGGAUUGCAAGCGGUUAGGAAAUGCAUGCAUUGUGAAAUAACGAAGACACCACAGUGGAGAGCAGGGCCAAUGGGGCCAAAAACACUGUGCAAUGCAUGUGGUGUUCGUUUCAAGUCUGGGAGGCUCUACCCGGAGUAUCGCCCAGCUGCAAGCCCAACCUUUUGUCCAUCUUUGCACUCGAAUUCCCACAAGAAGGUGCUGGAAAUGAGAUGCAGGGGCAUUGAGAAAUCUGGUUUUGCGAUGAAUAAUGCAGCUGCCUCUCCCGAACUCAUUCCAAACACUAACAGCAGCCUUAGCCUGGAGUACAUUUGAUGUCAUGUGAAGGAGCCAUGCUCCUUUGUUGGGACUCUCUUUCGUUGCUGUCCUCUACAGUCUUCUUGUCUUAUGUUAUUUCUUAUUGAUAUUUCAUUUCUUUGGUUCAUUGGUUUUUGUACAGGGUUGAACUCCGGGAAUAGUAGCAAUAGGUUAUCAUCAUCAUCAUCAUCAUCAUAUUUUUAGCUGUUAGGGGAAGAUUGUAAUCAGAACUGCGGAAAAAAGGGUAGACAUAUGCAAGUCAAAAAGGGUAGGGUCUUAGGUCUAGUUAUUGUAGGUCCCUUAAGGUCAUUUAGGAGUCGCUGUCUCGCUUGUUUCUUUUUUUUUGUUCGAAUUCUUUUCAUUUUUUUCCCCUUUCUAUAUAUAUCCCUAUUUCUGGGAAUUCUUUUUGCAGUUCAUUUGUAGCAAAAACUUCGAGUUGAGUAAGAAAGUUUUCAAUUUGUAA